CGCAGUUCUCGCGAGAUUUUACGAGAGGAUAAGUUGGGGGGAACAUGGCGACGUCUAAUUUGCUAAAGAACAAAGGCUCCCUCCAAUUUGAGGACAAAUGGGAGCUGAUGCGUCCCAUAGUACUGAAGCUGCUGCGGCAGGAGUCCGUCACCAAACAGCAGUGGUUCGACUUGUUCUCAGACGUGCACGCCGUGUGCCUGUGGGACGACAAAGGUCCCGCUAAGAUCCACCAGGCCCUCAAGGAGGACAUCCUAGAUUUCAUCAAACAAGCACAAGCACGGGUGUUAAGUCACCAGGACGACACGGCGUUGCUGAAGGCCUACAUCGUGGAGUGGAGGAAGUUCUUCACACAAUGCGACAUCUUGCCCAAGCCUUUCUGUCAGCUGGAGAUCACUCUGAUGGGCAAGCAAGGAAGCAACAAGAAGUCCAACGUGGAGGACAGCAUCGUCCGCAAACUGAUGCUGGACACGUGGAACGAGUCCAUUUUCUCCAACAUCAAAAACCGGCUACAAGACAGCGCCAUGAAGCUCGUGCACGCGGAGCGGCUGGGAGAGGCCUUCGACUCCCAGCUGGUCAUCGGAGUGAGAGAAUCCUACGUGAACCUGUGCUCCAAUCCCGAUGACAAGCUGCAGAUCUACCGGGAUAACUUUGAGAAGGCGUACAUGGAUUCUACCGAGAGGUUCUACAGAACGCAGGCGCCCGCCUACCUCCAACAAAAUGGGGUCCAAAACUACAUGAAAUAUGCCGAUUCCAAGCUGAGGGAAGAGGAGAAACGUGCACUGCGAUACCUGGAGACGAGACGUGACUGUAACUCUGUACAAGCAUUGAUGGAGUGUUGCGUCAAUGCACUGGUUACAUCAUUCAAGGAGACCAUCUUAGCCGAAUGUCCCGGCAUGAUCAAACGAAAUGAGACAGAGAGUGAGUACGGACGGACUGCUCCCACCAAAGGCACAGCCAGCUCAGAGCUGCAUCUGAUGUUCUCUCUGAUGGACAAAGUGCCCAGCGGCAUCGAGCCCAUGCUGAAGAACCUGGAGGAGCACAUCAUGAGCGCCGGCCUGGCCGAUAUGGUGGCCACAGCGGAGACCAUCACCUCUGACUCCGAGAAGUAUGUGGAGCAGCUGCUCACCUUGUUCAACCGCUUCAGUCAGCUGGUGAAAGAGGCCUUUCAGGACGACCCGCGCUUCCUCACAGCCCGAGACAAAGCAUAUAAAGCCGUUGUGAAUGACGCCACUAUAUUUAAAUUAGAACUUCCCCUGAAACAAAAAGGGGUCGGUCUGAAAACUCAACCAGAGUCCAAGUGUCCGGAGUUGCUGGCCAACUACUGUGACAUGCUCUUGAGGAAGACCCCACUGAGCAAAAAGCUCACGUCUGAAGAGAUCGAGGCCAAGCUCAAGGAAGUGCUGUUAGUGCUGAAAUAUGUGCAGAACAAAGACGUGUUCAUGCGCUACCACAAAGCCCACCUGACCCGUCGACUCAUCCUGGACAUUUCAGCAGACAGCGAGAUCGAGGAGAACAUGGUGGAGUGGCUCAGGGAAGUAGGAAUGCCGGCCGACUACGUCAACAAGCUCGCCCGGAUGUUUCAAGACAUCAAGGUGUCAGAGGACCUCAACCAAUCUUUCAAAGAAAUGCACAAACACAACAGACUUGCUCUACCAGCCGACUCGGUCAACAUAAAGAUCCUGAAUGCCGGAGCGUGGUCGAGGAGCAGCGAGAAGGUCUUUGUCUCUCUACCUACAGAGCUGGAAGAUUUGAUACCCGAGGUAGAAGACUUUUACAAGAAGAACCACAGCGGCAGGAAGCUGCACUGGCAUCACCUCAUGUCCAACGGCAUCAUAACCUUUAAGAAUGAGGUGGGCCAGUACGACCUGGAGGUCACCACCUUCCAGCUGGCUGUGCUGUUUGCCUGGAACCAGAGGCCCAGAGAGAGGAUCAGCUUUGAGAACCUCAAGCUGGCCACUGAGCUGCCGGACGCCGAGCUGCGGCGCACUCUCUGGUCUCUGGUGGCGUUUCCCAAACUCAAGCGGCAGGUGUUGUCCUAUGACCCGGUGGUGACUUCGCCCAAAGACUUUGCAGAAGGAACACUAUUCUACGUCAACCAGGAGUUUUCUCUCAUAAAAAACUCCAAGGUUCAGAAAAGGGGGAAGAUCAACCUGAUCGGCCGCCUGCAGCUCACCACAGAGCGGAUGAGGGAGGAGGAGAACGAGGGCAUCGUCCAGCUCAGGAUACUAAGAACACAGGAGGCCAUAAUCCAGAUCAUGAAGAUGAGGAAGCGGAUCAACAACGCCCAGCUGCAGACGGAGCUGGUGGAGAUCCUGAAGAACAUGUUUUUACCACAGAAGAAGAUGAUCAAGGAGCAGAUUGAGUGGCUGAUAGAUCACAAGUACAUAAAGCGGGACGAGACCGAUUUAAACACUUUCAUCUACAUGGCCUAGCACGGCACACCGGGACGACUCGUGUUGACUUUUGGUUUCGGUGGAUCCGGCCUGAUGGACACUAGGAGGCUUCCAGGCUCCCCGUCCUCUAUCUAAAAAUACAAUCCAUUCUUGUGCAGGCGGGCGGGGACGUUCAUUUAAGACCUCGUUAAAUUAAAUGGAACUUCCUGCCUUAAAGUUGUACAAAGAAAAUGAACAUUUCAAGUGGGUUGUAACUGUUUUUAGCUCGAGGGAGUUUCCUUUCUGUCCAGAUGAGGCUGUUAAUUAUGUUAAUGGUCUGUCUUCUAUGGGCUGGGGUGUCAUCUGGGCAGCUGCUACGACACUCGAGGCUCGCGUGAGGCCAAACGACCCGCUGACGGGAAAAGCUGAGGAACUUUUGGCUCUUCGGGGAAAAAAACACACCCACAGUCCAGUUUUAAUUCCACGACACACACACACACACACACACCGGACCACCAGAACCUCUUCAGCUCUGAGUGAGCCGGCUGGUUUGUGGCGCCUCGGCCCUCCGCAGGUCACAGAUAAAGUGAUCAGACACUUGAUCCGGUCGUUCGGUGUGCAUUAAGAGCCCGAUGAGCACUUCCUCGUUUGCAGGGACAAACUAGACCCUUAAAAGGCCUCUGUCCUUGGGUAUACAUAAAAUAAGAAAAUAGCAUAUUGCUAUAACCCAUGAUCCUGUACCGUACCCUGGGGCAAAGGUGGCGUUGGGAGUCGGCUUGGAGCUCCGCUCAUGUGUGUGAAUGGCUCUCUAUUCUGCAGGAAGCCCGGAAGACGAAGCUGAGGUCAGUAUUACGCGUGGUAAAGACUACUCGGCUUUAGCAGAGUGUACCAUGAGAUGUGAAUGAUGAAAUGAAUAAAUAAACAGCACCUUAUAUAAUAAAAUUAAGACUUAUCAUUCAUCCUAGCUUCGGUAAACCUUUCCAUGAAGGAAUUCUUAAUGUUUUGCUAAUACGUCACCUGUAUCAACUUUACACUUCACUUUACAUGUCUGUGGUAAAAACAGGUUAGCUUAGCAUUAGGACUAGCAUGCCAUUUCUACUCUUGUUAUUUUAAACAAUAAUUAGUGAGCUUUAGAACUGGUGAUAGAAGGACGUUUA